AUGACGACACCAAAGCUAUCCAGCCCAACUCUUUUUACGCCACCGGAAUUGAAGACCAAUCCACAGUUAUCAACGUCUAUUACGCAGCUUGUCAACGACGCGUUCUACCGCUCGAAAGACAUCGAUCCGGUCAAAUGGAGUAACACGACAUUCCGCUUUUCGAAUGAGGGGGAGCUACAUACACUACUUGGAGAGGAAGGCAGCGUCAUCGCGUUGAUCUUUGAUGAAUCCGGCGUUGCGAAGGAGGCUGAAAAGGUCAAUGGCAAGGAAAACAGGAAACCUGUUGCGUGCGCCGCCGCAGUACCCUGGAAAGGCGGAUGGGCAAGAGAAGGCGCUGGGAAAGAGAGCGGGUGGGAAAUCAAAAUCGUGUCUGUUGAUGGUGAUUCAAAGUAUCACCAUCGUGGCCUUGCUGUUCAAUUGCUCAACUUUCUCGAGUUGUAUCUUGUUGCGAACGCGAGAGCUUCACUUCAAAGAGAGGGGAAACAGGGCGAAGGUGUGUUGACGCUCUGGAUCUUGGCCGCGGAAUGUAUCAAUGGGGUGUACUGGCGUAAGAAAGGAUAUCAAGAAGUGCGCAAGAAGGUAGAAGGGCCGGGUGUUUGGAGCUGUAAAACAAGUUUUGAGAUGGUGGUACUACGCAAGGAUGUAACUUUCAGUUGA